AUGACAAAAAAAAUUCGCAAACCCAGGAAUAAAGCUACUUUAUCAAGCUCAGCAAAUUCAGCAACUGAACCUCCUCUUAACCCAAUAGAUAAUUCAUCAAGUUCAAGAAAUGAAAAACCUCAUAGCGGUGGGAAUAAUAAAGUCAGUACGACCAUGACAGAAAAUUUUUUAUUGGAUCUAUCAAAUGACAUUGGACAACUCCUUACAGACUAUCUAACCGGAACUCAAGUGUUGAAACUUUUGGUUGCAACUAACGAAUUGAACCUUCAUAAGUUGAGUAAUUAUAUUCAGCCUCAUUUGAUCAAUAAUCAAGUUGAAUAUUUAAUGAGUGAACCAGUUGAAAUCCUAAAAACAGUACAUCAAUAUGAAGUUUUUGAAAAUUUAAGGAAACAUUGUUUAGAAGUCAUUUGCGAAAAUCCUAGGAUUCUCUUUGAAUCUCCAAAUAUUAAAUCGUUAGAAAAAGAACUUAUUAUCCUUCUUUUAAAACAAGACGAACUUGGAAUGGAAGAAUCUGACAUUUGGGAUUUUAUUCUUAAAUGGGGUAGAUCAAAAGUGUCUAAUCCAUUGGAUAAUGACGUAUCUAAUUGGACAUCAAAUGAUUUUGAAGAAUUGGAAAAAAUCAUUUGUGAUUUAAUCCCACAUGUUAGAUGGAUUCAGAUUUCUUCAAAAAUGUUUUUGCGAGAGUAUUUGUUAUUAACGCCAUCUAACAAUAACCAAAUUGGUUGGGGCUCAACUUCACAUAGUUUCUUAUUUACUUUUGCGAAAAAUGAUCUUAAUUCAGGAUACAUCGCAAGGGUUUCGAAAGAUAUUGAAAUUCAAAAGAAUGCUGUAUAUUAUAAAUCAGAUUUUGGACCAGCUUUCGGUAAUUUAUCAAUUAUUGAUAAAAGUAUUCAUCGAAAUAAUGAUCCUGACGUAUAUCAAAAUAUGAAUAGAAUUUUAAGUGAUACAAAAAAUAUUGUUGAUUAUGAAGUAUAUCAGGUGAAUGUUGAUAAUGAAGCAGAAGCAUCUCGGGUAGAAGGAUAA